AUGGCGCAGUACGGGUAUGUUUCUCUCUCUCACGGAGCCGACGGGACACACGACGACGAGUACGACCUUUCCGAUCGCGGAGUACUGACAGACACGGGUAGAUACGGUGGUCGCCAGAACCCCUUUGACCAGCGGGAUGAUGGUCCGGGAGGAUAUGGAGGUGCUCCCGCCCCUUCUCCCUAUGGCGGUGGGAACAGAUACAACAACCAGGGACCAACUAUGGGUAGGGACCUUGACGGAACCAACGUUGAGAUGGAAUCCCUCGCCCAGAACGCAAGCGGCUUCGGCCAGUCGGACCCUAACGCGAUCCUCAACGAGUGCCGCUCCAUCGACCAAGGAAUCGACCAGAUCGAGGCCAAUCUGAACCAACUGCGCAUGCUGCAGGAGCGCACGCUCACCGAUGCCGACACGUCGGCCAGCUCCUCCACCGCGCGCCAGCUCGAUGCCCUGUCCUCCGAGACCAUGACUAUGUACCGCUCCCUCACCGACCGCGUGCGCACCGUCAAGUCCAGCCCCGACGGCCAAACCCCCAGGAACUCGCCGCAGGUCGGCCGCGUCGACCGUCGUCUCAAGGGCGCCAUCCAGCAGUACCAGCAGGUCGAAUCCGCCUUCCGCAAGCGUACCCAGGACCAGAUGGCCCGCCAGUACAGAAUCGUCCGCCCCGAUGCCGACGAGCGCGAGGUCCGCGAGGCUGUCGAGGAUGCCGGUGCCGGAGCCCAGAUCUUCCAGCAAGCCGUCAUGCAGAGCGGUCGCCAAGCCCAGGCUAAUGCCGUGCUCAACGCCGUUCAAGACCGCCAGGCCGCCCUGCAGAAGAUUGAGCAGCAAAUGGUUGAGCUCGCACAGCUGUUCCAGGACAUGGACGUGCUGGUUGUCCAGCAGGAGGCUGCCGUUACCCAGAUCGAGCAGAAGGGCGAGGAGGUCGUCGAGAAUCUCGACAAGGGCAAUCAAGAGAUUGGGGUUGCAGUCAACACGGCGCGCAAGACCCGCAAGAAGAAGUGGUGGUGCCUGGGUAUCUGCGUCCUCAUCAUCAUCAUCAUCGUCGCCGUCGUCGCCAUCUACUUUACCGUCAUCAAGCCCCAACAGCCCGCCAGUAAGCCCGCCAAGCGCAGUAUCCAGCUGCCAGAAUUCUCCGUCACCGUGCCGAUCGACACUGGUGCCGCACACCCGCAGCUGUUCAAGACGACGAGCCGAAUCAUGCGCCGCAUGGUCCGGCCGGGUGCCACAUGGGAGCCGACCGCUAACGCACAAGACACCGCUCUCAUUUCGCGUUUCGGCGGCAAGGUCGACAUGCCUGCCGCCCGAAACUAG